AUGAGUCGCCCGUCCAGCGUCCCAUCACACUCCGGCCCUCCACCUUCCUACAGCCCUUAUCCGGUGCAUCAUGCAUCAGCCUCCCGACCAGAAAUUGUUGCUCCCAGCCUACACGCUCGUCCCCGGGAUUCAACCGGUAGUCAAAAUAACGCACAGCAAUUACCGAGCCUGCGUACACUCCUGGAGCCAGAAUUGCUCGACAAAAAGUCGACAGAGCCGCCCUUGAGACCAGGGGCUACUCAGCUGCCUUACGGCCAUUGCGGGCGCUACGAGUCGUCUAGUCCGACAUUAAAGAGGCGGCAUGAAUAUGAUGGUUACGUCCAAGGCUAUCCUGAGCACAAUGCCAUCGCUUCUCAAACACCGUACCACCACCGACAGGCCCUCUCCACAAACGCCACCCCGUCCACUACAUCAAAACCAGGCUCCGGGUUUGGCGUCGGCCGAAUAGAGCUCCAGCGGCGGCCAAGUUUCGCGCAUCCAUCUCAGCAUGACACGACAGGUGAUGGACAUCGGCAUCCUUCAUCGACGUCCGAAACAGCGGGAACACUCACCUCUUAUUCGAGUCAACCAGAACUAGGAUUUGAUCCAAGUAGACCUGUUCGGAUGAGACGCUUGGAUGGUCCUUCUCGCGCGCCAAUACGAUCGUCGCGGUGUGUUGGCCAACGCGACAUACCAGGAGAGGGUCUUUGUUACGUCUAUGAGGAUGGCACCUACUGUCGAGCCAUAAUAGAUGGGGAGGCGGUUAAUCCUUCGUGGGGCAUUACAAAGGCCGGCAAACCUCGUAAGCGUCUUGCGCAAGCUUGUUUGACUUGUCGAGAGAAGAAAAUCAAGUGUGAGCCUGGGUUUCCCAAAUGCCACCAAUGCGCAAAGUCACAGAGGGUGUGCAGAGGUGGAAUCAACCAAAACAAUGCGUCCGGAGAGACGUCCCCAUCAAACUCCGGUCAGCUAUUUAAAACUUCUUCUUCGGAACUGCUUAGCCCAGCAGCAAGCUUGGAUAAGAAUAAAGCUCCAGGAGAGCUUCGUAAUUCAUCAAAGAAAGUCGAUACCUGGAACGCUGGUACACCCUUUCGACAUCAGAAAUUCCGUCCCAAUACGCUUACAAACGCAAGAGAUAUGUCGGUGCAAUCAUACGAUUCCGAUUGGAGUGGAUCCGCCAACGAUCAGGAUGAUCCAGGGCGGGGCUCAUACUCUGACCAGCUUGCCCUCCAGUGGGAGCAGGAUCCCUUCGAAACCGAUUCCAGGCUUACCAUACAACUACUGAAUCUCUAUUUUCUUAAUGCGGGCCGCGCAACAUACGGCAUGUUUCCUCGCAGACCUUUCCUGGCGUGGGUGGAGACCAACCGCGACAAGCACCAAGACCAUCUGAUGAUCCUCUACUCCGUCCUUGCAAUGGGCUCAUUGUUCUCGAAUGAUCCAGAUAAAAGAGCACUGGGAAAACGAUUCGCUUCUGUUGCCUCAUAUGCUGCAGAGAAGCGCUUUGGCAAAUUCAGUCUGCAGUUGUGCCAGACUCGAUUGAUGCUUGCGUUGUACUACUUCGCCCGCGGUAAAUCGCAAGAAGCAUGGGACUAUUGUGGGUCUGCCCUACGAGCACUCAGCGCCCUGAAACUCAAUACGGAAGAGGGUGUCAGAGAGUUGGUUAACAGCAAUGCCGACCUGGACUAUGGGUUCGACCGUUGGACCUACGAGGAAUGCUGUCGUCGUACUUUCUGGUCUGGACUACUAAUGGAUCGAUACAACGGCUUCUUUGGAGGAACCCUCUUUGUGAUUAACUUGGAAGAUGCAUUUGUCCGUCUCCCGUGUCCGGACAACAUGUAUGAGGCCUCGACACCCUGCGAUGCACCCUUCUUUGAUGAUGAACUUCUGAGCGGAAGGCCCGUUCACAGUCCUCCUUUGGGCCACAUGGCAUAUCUAUGUUUGAUAUCAGCAUUGUGGGGAGAGGUAUUGACCUGUACUGGCCGAGCUGUACGUCGGCCUGAUGUUGGAUACGAGCGACACUACGAUGCAUUCUACGCGAGGAUCUACGAGAAACUGGAAGCAUGGCACUCUAUACUACCGGACAACCUUCGCUACAGCCCACAAAAUCUCGAUAACAGUAUCCUCGAAGGCUACGCCGGUACCUUUUUGUCAUUACACGCUCUGUACCACGCCGCGAUAAUUCGGCUUAACCGGCAUGUCAGAGCACAUGCAUUGCCGACGGACAAAAUACGCCGAAACCUGGAGCAAUCUUUACGAAUGGCGUCCAGCUUCAUGUCGAUCAUGCUCUCUUUAGCUACAGUCAACCGCCAACAACGCCUCCCAGCUACCGUCGCGUCAGAGUUCAUGUUCUCAACACCAUUUCCCGGCUAUGCGCUCAUGCUCUCGAUCGAUGUCCUCACCUCUGCCGGCACCGUCUCAACAUUACCGAGCCUGAUAGAGACUCUGAGCACUACUCUUACGUGUAUCGACGAAUUGGCAAGUUUCUGGGCUUCGGCCAAGUCGCAACAGAAGGCGGUGUCGAAUCGCAUUAGGCAGCUCACGGAUAUCGCCGCGCAAGACAGGCAGGGCACCAGAAAUGGAACUUAUGGCAAUUUCUGGAGAAUCAGCAACAGUCUCGAAACGGCGUUUGGAAACGACGAUGCGCUGUAUAAGGCCGAGGACCAAUUAUUGUUCGGCGUUGUUGGUCAGCUUACGGGACAGUAG